AUGUGCCAUGAAAAUCCAAGCUGGACAAAGUCACUUCCGAUUAUUCUACUUGGUUUACGCACAACCUUGCGAGAUGACUGUCAAGCCACCCCAGCAGAACUCAUGUAUGAUGAAAAUAUAAAACUACCAUAUGAUUUUUUUGAACAUUCAAACAUUGAAGCGCAAUCAGAAUUCAUUCACAAUUUAAAAAGCACCAUGGAAAAAUUAAAACCCGUCCCAUUUCGUCAUCACUCGAAGCAGAAACCAUUUAUAUUCAAAGAUUUAAAAACUUGCUCACACGUAUUUGUCCGUACUGACAGUGUUCGACAUAGUUUGCAACAACCCUAUCAUAGACCCUAUAAAGUUUCAAAGAGAACCGAUAAAAUGUUCACUGUUAAAAUGAGGCAAAAAGAAGUUAAUGUAUCGAUAGAUAGAAUAAAGCCCUAUUUUUCGGACAUUUCUACAGAAUCACCUUUACUGGUUGAAAAGAAUUUUGGGCCUGUUUCAUCGUCUACAAUUUCUGCUACAGAGCAAAGCAACGGAAACAAAAGAGUGAAGCUUGUUAUUCCACCCCAAGUGACUAGAUCUGGACGAACUGUGCGCAUUCCAGCACGUUACACAUGA